AUGGACGGAUUUUCGUCAUCGGAGGAGGAGAUGGAAGACGAGGAAUUGGACGAUCUUGCUAAUGAGCUUAUAAACGGACCGGGCGCUAAACGGGACAGCACGGCUGCUUAUAGCGGGGCUGCUGCUACCAGCGGAGGGAAAGCUAAGUUCUUUUCGUAUUCCUCUGCUGUCGCGAGUCGCGUUACGACGCACGUCAGGCGGCUUAGUCAGGUGCGCUUCGGCGGAGGUAAGGAUCGGGAGGGCGAACCCGAGGCCGCGUCAGCUUCCUCCGGUGCCACGUCAGCGGCGUCGCCGUCCGCCAUCGCGGCCGCUCAAUCAAACUCUGGAGCAAACAAUCUGUCCCGGAUUUUCCGCCGUGUUUUCCGGCGACCUUUCGGCGCAUCCUCCUCCUCCUCUUCCGCGUACGAAAUCGAGCUCCCCCCUCUUCCUUCCGACAUUCCCCCGCAAAUGAACGGCGGAUACGCGUCCCUGGACGAUCCAACGGCUGGGAGCGCGCCGAUCGCGUAUCUGACGGACGAUCUGCUCUUGGAGUGCCUGGCGCGGGCGGAUCGGCGCGCUUUAGGCCCGAUGCAGCACGUGUGCCGCACGUGGCGCGGAAUCAUUCGCACGGACACGUUCCGCGAAUACCGGGAGGCUUUAGGGCAGAUGGAAAAUCACUUAGUGGUAAUUAGCUUACUCGCUAAAGGCCGUCCCCCUUUAGUGUACGACGCGUGGACGAACUCCCUCUCCUCUGCUCCGCCGCUGCAAAUCCCCCGGUUCAAGUUCGUUUGCGGGCAGUGGAAGGGGAAAGUUUUUGCCGCGGGCGGCGUUCGGCAGCAGCCAUUGGAGGAGGGCGAGGAGAAGAAGGACCUCCGGGCAGCUGAAGUUUUCAUUCCGGAAGGGCAAGGGCGAAUGAUAGAAGAGGAGGGGGGGAACGUGGGGGGAAAAGGAGAGGCAGAGGCGGAAGCAGAGGCAAGAGAAGACAUUUCGUUCGUGCGGUACGACACCCGCGGGAACGAGUGGAAGGACAUGCACCGCAUGCCGUACGUCCCGCCCUCCGACCCCAUGAUACUUAGCAAAGUGUCGUUUAGGUGCGUUGCCACGCGAACCAGGGUGCUGGUAGUGCAGGUGCGGGGCACAUGUGAAGACAUGGGAAUCGCUUCGUUCGCGGCUAGUGGGCGUGAGGGGAGAAGGGGAGGGGAGGGAGGGAGAGGUUGGGGAGAGGGGGCGAGGGGUGGGGUAAGAAGAGGCGAAAGAGGGGCGGCAGAGGCAGGAGAUGCAGCAGGAGUGACGGUAGGAGAGGGCGGGGGGAGAGAGGCAGGAGGGGCGGCAGAGGAAACGACAAGAGAGGUAGCAGCAGAAGGAGCAGAAGAGGCAACAGGCGAUGGGACGGAGGAGGCAACAGGAGGAGCCGCAGGAGGGGCGGCAGAAGGAGCAGCCGGGGAGGCAGGAGAAGGAGCACUAGGUGGAGCAACAGAAGAGGCAGCAGGCGAGGAGACAGGAGAGGAGGCAGGAGAGGUAGCAGGAGGUCCGAGGGAAAGGGGGAGAGGAAGAGGAGCAAGAGGAGGAACAGGAGGGAGAGGUGGUGGGAGAGGGGUAGGAGGCAGGGGAGGGAGAGGGAAUGUUGCAGGAGGGAGAGGGGGAGUGGGGGGGAGAGGUGGGAGGGGAGGAGGGAGAGGAGGAAGGGGCCGAGGGGUGGCUGGAGUGGCGGUUGGUGCGGUGAGCAUGGUGGGAUAUAGGUUCGGCGCCCUGGCCCUCAUGUACGAACCUGAGGCUGAGGCUCGGGGAGGUUUGGUUUGGCGGCGGCUGCCGGACAUGCCGUACGAGACGCCUGGUGCAGUCUGUGCUAUGCUUCGGUGUUGA